CUUCCCCAGCAGCUGCUGCUCGCUCUGCUCACAAGCCAGGGCCAGGGGACCGGGCAGCAGCGACUCCUCUGGCUCCCGAGAAGUGGAGCCGAUCGGUGCCACUACGAUGCCGAUGCCAGGAGCCGCCGGGGUCCUCCUCCUCCUGCUGCUCUCCGGGGGCCUCGGAGGCGGCCAGGCGCAGCGGCCGCAGCAGCCGCGGCAGCCACAGGCACAUCAGCAAAGAGGUUUAUUCCCUGCGGUCCUGAAUCUUGCUUCUAAUGCUCUUAUCACGACCAAUGCGACAUGCGGAGAAAAGGGGCCUGAAAUGUACUGCAAAUUGGUAGAACACGUCCCUGGGCAGCCUGUGAGGAACCCCCAGUGUCGUAUCUGCAAUCAAAACAGCAGCAAUCCAAACCAGAGACACCCAAUUACAAACGCUAUUGAUGGAAAGAAUACUUGGUGGCAGAGUCCCAGUAUUAAGAAUGGAAUUGAAUACCAUUAUGUGACAAUUACACUGGAUCUACAGCAGGUGUUCCAGAUCGCGUAUGUGAUUGUGAAGGCAGCUAACUCCCCACGGCCUGGAAACUGGAUUUUGGAACGCUCUCUUGAUGAUGUUGAAUACAAGCCCUGGCAGUAUCAUGCUGUGACAGACACAGAGUGCCUAACCCUUUACAAUAUUUAUCCUCGCACUGGGCCACCGUCAUAUGCCAAAGACGAUGAGGUCAUCUGCACUUCAUUUUACUCCAAGAUACACCCCUUAGAAAAUGGAGAGAUUCAUAUCUCUUUAAUCAAUGGGCGACCAAGUGCUGAUGAUCCUUCUCCUGAACUGUUGGAAUUCACCUCCGCUCGCUAUAUUCGCCUGAGAUUUCAGAGGAUCCGCACCUUGAAUGCUGACUUGAUGAUGUUUGCUCACAAAGACCCAAGAGAAAUUGACCCCAUUGUCACAAGAAGAUAUUACUACUCGGUCAAGGAUAUUUCGGUUGGAGGGAUGUGCAUCUGCUAUGGUCAUGCCAGGGCUUGUCCACUUGAUCCAGCGACAAAUAAAUCUCGCUGUGAGUGUGAGCAUAACACAUGUGGUGAUAGCUGUGAUCAGUGCUGUCCAGGAUUCCAUCAGAAACCCUGGAGAGCUGGGACUUUUCUGACUAAAACUGAAUGUGAAGCAUGCAAUUGUCAUGGAAAAGCUGAAGAAUGCUAUUAUGAUGAAAAUGUUGCCAGAAGAAAUCUGAGUUUGAAUAUACGUGGAAAGUAUAUUGGAGGGGGUGUCUGCAUUAAUUGUACCCAAAACACUGCUGGUAUAAACUGUGAGACUUGCGCUAAUGGCUUCUUCAGACCCAAAGGGGUAUCUCCAAAUUAUCCAAGGCCAUGCCAACCAUGUCAUUGUGAUCCAAUUGGUUCUGUAAAUGAAGUCUGUGUCAAGGAUGAGAAACAUGCUCGACGAGGUCUGGCACCUGGAUCCUGUCAUUGCAAAACUGGUUUUGGAGGUGUGAGCUGUGAUCGCUGUGCCAGGGGCUACACUGGCUACCCAGACUGCAAAGCCUGUAACUGCAGUGGCUUAGGGAGCAAAAAUGAAGACCCUUGUUUUGGCCCCUGUAACUGCAAGGAGAAUGUUGAAGGAGGAGACUGUAGUCGUUGCAAACCUGGCUUCUUCAAUUUGCAAGAGGAUAAUUGGAAAGGCUGUGAUGAGUGUUUCUGUUCAGGGGUUUCAAACAGAUGUCAGAGUUCCUACUGGACCUAUGGCAAAAUACAAGAUAUGAGUGGCUGGUAUCUGACUGACCUUUCUGGCCGCAUUCGAGUGGCUCCUCGGUGGGAUGACUCGGACUCACCCCAGCAGAUCAGUAUCAGUAACGUGGAGGCCCGGCAAGCCCUGCCGCAUGGCUACUACUGGAAUGCACCGGCUCCCUAUCUGGGAAACAAACUCCCAUCAGUAGGAGGACAGUUGACAUUUACCAUAUCAUACGACCUUGAAGAAGAGGAAGAAGAUACAGAACGUGUUCUCCAGCUUAUGAUCAUCUUAGAGGGCAACGACUUGAGAAUCAGCACACCCCAAGAUGAGGUGUACCUGCAACCAUCUGAAGAACAUAUUAAUGUAUUGUUACUUAAAGAAGAAUCAUUUACCAUACAUGGCACACAUUUUCCAGUCAGUAGAAAAGAAUUUAUGACAGUGCUUGUGAAUUUGAAGAGAGUCCUCCUACAAAUCACAUACAGCUUUGGGAUGGAUGCCAUCUUCAGGUUGAGCUCUGUUAACCUUGAAUCCGCUGUCUCCUAUCCUACUGAUGGAAGCGUUGCAGCAGCUGUAGAAGUGUGCCAGUGCCCACCAGGUUAUACUGGCUCCUCGUGUGAAUCUUGUUGGCCUAGGCACAGGCGAGUUAACGGCACUAUUUUUGGUGGCAUUUGUGAGCCAUGUCAGUGCUUUGGUCAUGCGGAGUCCUGUGAUGAUGUCACUGGAGAAUGCCUGAACUGUAAGGAUCACACAGGUGGCCCAUUCUGUGAUAAAUGUCUUCCUGGUUUCUAUGGCGAUCCUACUAAAGGAACCUCUGAAGACUGUCAACCCUGUGCUUGUCCACUCAAUAUCCCAUCUAAUAAUUUUAGCCCAACGUGCCAUUUAGACCGGAGUCUGGGAUUGAUCUGUGAUGAAUGCCCUGCCGGGUACACAGGACCACGCUGUGAGAGAUGUGCAGAAGGCUAUUUUGGACAACCCUCUGUACCUGGAGGAUCAUGUCAGCCAUGCCAAUGCAAUGACAACCUUGACUUCUCCAUCCCUGGCAGCUGUGACAGCUUGUCUGGCUCCUGUCUGAUAUGUAAGCCAGGUACAACAGGCCGGUACUGUGAGCUCUGUGCUGAUGGAUAUUUUGGAGACGCAGUUGAUGCAAAGAACUGUCAGCCCUGUCUCUGUAAUGCCAAUGGCUCUUUCUCUGAGAUUUGCCACAGUCAAACUGGACAAUGUGAGUGCAGAGCCAACGUGCAGGGUCAGAGAUGUGACGAAUGCAAGCCUGGAACCUUUGGCCUACUUAGCAAGGGUUGUGUUCCCUGCAACUGCAAUUCUUUUGGGUCUAAGUCAUUCGACUGUGAAGAGAAUGGACAAUGUUGGUGCCAACCUGGAGUCACAGGGAAGAAAUGUGACCGCUGUACCCACGGCUAUUUCAACUUCCAAGAAGGAGGCUGUACAGCUUGUGAGUGUGCUCAUCUGGGGAAUAACUGUGACCCAAAGACUGGGCGAUGCAUUUGCCCUCCCAAUACCAUCGGAGAGAAAUGUUCUAAAUGUGCACCCAAUACCUGGGGCCACAGCAUUACCACUGGUUGUAAGGCUUGUAACUGUAGCACAGUGGGAUCCUUGGAUUUCCAAUGCAAUGUAAAUACAGGCCAAUGCAACUGUCACCCAAAAUUCUCGGGUGCAAAAUGUACAGAGUGCAAUCGAGGUCAUUGGAACUACCCUCGCUGCAAUCUCUGUGACUGCUUCCUCCCUGGAACAGAUGCUACCACCUGUGAUUUAGAGACUAAAAAAUGCUCCUGUAGUGAUCAAACUGGACAGUGCACUUGUAAGGUAAAUGUGGAAGGCGUCCACUGUGACAGAUGCCGACCUGGCAAAUUCGGACUCGAUGCCAAGAAUCCACUUGGCUGCAGCAGCUGCUAUUGCUUCGGUACUACUACUCAGUGCUCUGAAGCAGAAGGGCUGAUCCGGACGCGGGUGACUCUGAAGGCUGAGCAGACCAUUCUACCCCUAGUAGACGAGGCUCUGCAGCACACGACCACCAAGGGCAUUGCUUUUCAACAUCCAGAGAUUAUUGCUGACAUGGACCUGGUAAGGCAAGAUCUCCAUUUGGAACCGUUUUAUUGGAAACUUCCAGAACAAUUUGAAGGAAAGAAGUUGACAGCCUAUGGGGGCAAACUCAAGUAUGCAAUCUAUUUCGAGGCUCGAGAAGAAACGGGUUUCUCUAGAUAUAAUCCUCAAGUGAUCAUUCGAGGUGGGACACCUACUCAUGCUAGAAUUAUCGUCAGACAUAUAGCUGCUCCUCUGAUUGGCCAAUUGACAAGGCAUGAAAUUGAAAUGACAGAGAAAGAAUGGAAAUAUUAUGGGGAUGAUCCUCGAGUACAUAGAACUGUGACCCGAGAAGAUUUCUUGGAUAUACUGUAUGAUAUUCAUUACAUUCUUAUCAAGGCUACUUACGGAAAUAUCAUGCGACAAAGCAGGAUUUCUGAAAUCUCAAUGGAGGUAGCUGAACAAGGACGAAGAACAGCAGCGACUCCUCCAGCUCACUUGAUUGAAAAAUGUGAUUGUCCCCUAGGCUAUUCCGGCUUGUCCUGUGAGGCAUGCUUGCCAGGAUUUUAUCGACUGCGUUCUGAACCAGGUGGCCGCAGCCCUGGACUGACCCUGGGCACCUGUGUUCCAUGUCAGUGUAAUGGACACAGCAGCCUGUGUGACCCUGAAACAUCGAUAUGCCAGAAUUGUCAACAUCACACUGCUGGUGACUUCUGUGAACGAUGUGCUCUUGGAUACUAUGGAAUUGUCAAGGGAUUGCCAAACGACUGUCAGCAAUGUGCCUGCCCUCUGAUUUCUUCCAGUAACAAUUUCAGCCCAUCUUGUGUCGCAGAAGGCCUUGAUGACUACCACUGCACGGCUUGUCCACGGGGAUAUGAAGGCCAGUACUGUGAAAGGUGUGCCCCUGGCUAUACUGGCAGUCCAAGCAGCCCGGGAGGUUCCUGCCAAGAAUGUGAGUGUGAUCCCUAUGGCUCACUGCCUGUGCCCUGUGACCCUGUCACAGGAUUCUGCACGUGCCGACCCGGAGCCACGGGAAGGAAGUGUGACGGCUGCAAGCACUGGCAUGCACGCGAGGGCAGGGAGUGUGUUUUUUGUGGAGAUGAGUGCACUGGCCUUCUUCUCGGUGACUUGGCUCGCCUGGAGCAGAUGGCCAUGAGCAUCAACCUCACUGGCCCGCUGCCUGCGCCAUAUAAAAUGCUGUAUGGUCUUGAAAAUAUGACUCAGGAGCUAAAGCAUUUGCUCUCACCUCAGCGAGCCCCAGAGAGGCUUAUUCAGCUGGCAGAGGGCAAUCUGAACACGCUUGUCACCGAAAUGAACGAGCUGCUGACCAGGGCUACCAAAGUGACAGCAGAUGGCGAGCAGACCGGACAGGAUGCUGAGAGGACCAACGCCAGAGCAAAGUCCCUGGGAGAAUUCAUUAAGGAGCUUGCCCGGGAUGCAGAAGCUAUAAAUGAAAAAGCUAUAAAACUAAAUGAAACUCUAGGAACUCAAGACAAGGCCUUUGAGAUAAAUUUGGAAGGGCUUCAGAAAGAGAUUGACCAGAUGAUUAAAGAACUGAGGAGGAAAAAUCUAGAGACACAAAAAGAAAUUGCUGAAGAUGAGUUGGUAGCUGCAGAAAGCCUUCUGAAAAAAGUGAAGAAGCUGUUUGGAGAGUCCCGGGGAAAAAAUGAAGAAAUGGAGAAGGAGCUCCGGGAAAAACUGGCUGACUACAAGAACAAAGUUGAUGAUGCUUGGGACCUAUUGAGAGAAGCCACAGAUAAAAUCAGAGAAGCUAAUCGCUUAUCUGCAGUAAACCAGAAAAACAUGACUGCAUUGGAGAAAAAGAAGGAGGCUGUUGAAAGUGGCAAACGACAAAUUGAGAACACUUUAAAAGAAGGUAAUGAUAUACUCGGUGAAGCCAACCGUCUUGCAGAUGAAAUCAACUCUAUCAUAGAUUAUGUUGAAGACAUCCAAACGAAAUUGCCACCUAUGUCUGAGGAGCUUAAAGAUAAAAUAGAUGACCUCUCCCAAGAAAUAAAGGACAGGAAGCUUGCUGAGAAGGUGUCCCAGGCUGAGAGCCAUGCAGCUCAGUUGAAUGACUCAUCUGCUGUCCUUGAUGGAAUCCUUGAUGAGGCUAAAAAUAUCUCCUUCAAUGCCACUGCAGCCUUCAAUGCUUACAGCAAUAUUAAAGACAAUAUUGAUGAAGCUGAAAAAGUUGCCAGAGAAGCCAAAGAUCUUGCUAAUGAAGCUACAAAACUGGCAACAGGUCCUCGGGGUUUAUUAAAGGAAGAUGCCAAAGGCUCUCUUCAGAAAAGCUUCAGGAUUCUUAAUGAAGCCAAGAAGUUAGCAAAUGAUGUAAAAGAAAAUGAAGACCAUCUAAAUGGCUUAAAAACAAGGAUAGAAAAUGCUGAUGCUAGAAAUGGGGAUCUCUUGAGAGCUUUGAACGACACUUUGGGAAAGUUAUCAGCUAUUCCAAAUGACACAGCUGCUAAACUGCAAGCUGUUAAGGACAAAGCCAGGCAAGCCAACGACACAGCUAAAGACGUACUGGCACAGAUUAAAGAGCUCCACCAGAACCUCGAUGGCCUGAAGAAGAAUUACAAUAAACUGGCAGACAGCGUAGCCAAAACGAAUGCUGUGGUUAAAGAUCCUUCCAAGAACAAAAUCAUUGCAGAUGCAGAUGCUACUGUGAAAAAUCUACAACAGGAAGCUGACCGGCUAAUAGAUAAACUCAAACCCAUCAAGGAACUUGAGGAUAACCUGAAGAAAAACAUCUCUGAGAUAAAGGAAUUGAUAAACCAAGCUCGAAAGCAGGCCAAUUCUAUCAAAGUAUCUGUGUCUUCAGGAGGUGACUGCAUUCGAACAUACAGGCCAGAAAUCAAGAAAGGAAGUUAUAAUAAUAUUGUUGUCAACGUAAAGACAGCUGUUGCUGACAACCUCCUUUUUUAUCUUGGAAGUGCCAAAUUUAUUGACUUUCUGGCUAUAGAAAUGCGUAAAGGCAAAGUCAGUUUCCUCUGGGAUGUUGGAUCUGGAGUUGGACGCGUAGAGUACCCAGAUUUGACUAUUGAUGACUCCUAUUGGUACCGUAUCGUAGCAUCAAGAACUGGGAGAAAUGGAACUAUUUCUGUGAGAGCCCUGGAUGGACCCAAAGCCAGCAUUAUGCCCAGCACAUACCAUUCGACGUCUCCUCCAGGGUACACUAUUCUAGAUGUGGAUGCAAAUGCAAUGCUGUUUGUUGGUGGCCUGACUGGGAAAUUAAAGAAGGCUGAUGCCGUACGUGUGAUUACAUUCACCGGCUGCAUGGGAGAAACAUACUUUGACAACAAACCUAUAGGUUUGUGGAAUUUCCGAGAAAAAGAAGGUGACUGCAAAGGAUGUACUGUCAGUCCUCAGGUGGAAGAUAGUGAGGGGACUAUUCAAUUUGAUGGAGAAGGUUAUGCAUUGGUCAGUCGUCCUAUUCGCUGGUACCCCAACAUCUCCACUGUCAUGUUCAAGUUCAGGACAUUUUCGUCGAGUGCUCUCCUGAUGUAUCUUGCCACACGAGACCUGAGAGACUUCAUGAGUGUGGAGCUCACUGAUGGGCACAUAAAAGUCAGUUAUGAUCUGGGUUCGGGAAUGGCUUCUGUUGUCAGCAAUCAAAACUAUAAUGAUGGGAAAUGGAAAUCAUUCACCCUGUCAAGAAUUCAAAAACAAGCCAAUAUAUCAAUUGUAGAUAUAGAUACCAAUCAGGAGGAGAACAUAGCAACCUCAUCUUCUGGAAACAACUUUGGUCUUGACUUGAAAGCAGAUGACAAAAUAUAUUUUGGUGGCCUGCCAACGCUGAGAAACUUGAGUAUGAAAGCAAGGCCAGAAGUAAAUUUGAAGAAAUAUUCCGGCUGCCUCAAAGAUAUUGAAAUUUCAAGAACUCCGUACAAUAUACUCAGUAGUCCCGAUUAUGUUGGUGUUACCAAAGGAUGUACUCUGGAGAACGUUUACACAGUCAGCUUUCCUAAGCCUGGUUUUGUGGAGCUCUCUCCUGUGCCAAUUGAUGUAGGAACAGAAAUUAACCUGUCCUUCAGCACCAAGAAUGAGUCCGGCAUCAUUCUUUUAGGAAGUGGAGGGACACCAGCACCACGCAGGAGAAAACGAAGGCAGACGGGACAGGCCUAUUAUGCGAUAUUCCUCAACAAGGGCCGUCUGGAAGUGCAUCUCUCCACAGGGGCACGAACAAUGAGGAAAAUUGUCAUCAGACCAGAGCCGAAUCUGUUUCAUGAUGGAAGAGAACAUUCCGUUCAUGUAGAGCGAACUAGAGGCAUCUUUACAGUUCAAGUCGAUGAAAACAAAAGAUACAUGCAAAACCUGACAGUUGAACAGCCUAUUGAAGUCAAAAAGCUUUUUGUUGGGGGUGCUCCGCCUGAAUUUCAACCUUCCCCACUCAGAAAUAUUCCUCCUUUUGAAGGCUGUGUGUGGAAUCUUGUUAUUAACUCUGUCCCCAUGGACUUUGCACAGCCUGUAUCCUUCAAAAAUGCUGACAUUGGUCGCUGUGCCCAUCAGAAACUCCGUGAAGAUGAAGAUGGAGCAGCUCCAGCUGAAAUGGUUAUCCAGCCUGAGCCAGUGCCCACUCCAGCCUUUCCUACGCCCACCCCUGUUCUGGCACGUGGUCCUUGUGCUGCAGAAUUAGAACCAGCUCUUUUGAUAGGGAGCAAGCAGUUCGGGCUUUCAAAAAACAGUCACAUUGCAAUUGCAUUUGAUGACACCAAAGUUAAAAACCGUCUCACAAUUGAGUUGGAAGUAAGGACCGAAGCUGAAUCCGGCUUGCUUUUUUACAUGGCUCGCAUCAAUCAUGCCGAUUUUGCAACAGUGCAGCUGAGAAAUGGAUUGCCCUACUUCAGUUAUGACUUGGGGAGUGGGGACACCAACACCAUGAUCCCCACCAGAAUCAAUGAUGGCCAGUGGCACAAGAUUAAGAUAAUGAGAAGUAAACAAGAAGGAAUUCUUUAUGUGGAUGGGGCCUCCAACAGAACCAUCAGUCCCAAAAAAGCUGACAUCCUGGAUGUUGUGGGAAUGCUGUAUGUUGGCGGGUUACCCAUCAACUACACUACCCGAAGAAUUGGUCCAGUGACUUAUAGCAUUGAUGGCUGCAUCAGGAAUCUCCACAUGGCAGAGGCCCCUGCUGAUCUGGAACAACCCACCUCCAGCUUCCAUGUUGGGACAUGUUUUGCAAAUGCUCAGAGGGGAACAUAUUUUGAUGGAACAGGUUUUGCCAAAGCAGUUGGUGGAUUCAAAGUGGGAUUGGACCUUCUUGUAGAGUUUGAAUUCCGCACAACUAGAACAACGGGAGUUCUUCUGGGAAUCAGUAGUCAAAAAAUGGAUGGAAUGGGUAUUGAAAUGAUUGAUGAAAAGCUGAUGUUUCAUGUGGACAAUGGUGCUGGCAGAUUCACUGCUGUCUAUGAUGCUGGGAUUCCGGGGCAUUUGUGUGACGGGCAAUGGCAUAAAGUCACCGCCAACAAGAUCAAACACCGCCUUGUGCUCACGGUCGAUGGGAACCAGGUGGAAGCCCAGAGCCCAAACCCGGCAUCUACAUCAGCUGACACAAAUGAUCCUGUGUUUGUUGGAGGCUUCCCAGAGGACCUCAAGCAGUUUGGCCUGACAACCAGCAUUCGGUUCCGAGGUUGCAUCAAAUCCCUGAAGCUCACCAAAGGCACAGGCAAGCCUCUGGAGGUUAAUUUUGCCAAGGCCCUGGAACUGAGGGGUGUUCAACCUGUAUCAUGCCCAGCCAACUAAUAAACAUAAGUGUAACCCCAGGAAAGUUCUGUCAAAACAAGUAUAUCAAGUAAAACAAAUAUAUUUUACCUAUAUAUGCUAAUUAAACUAAUUUGUGCAUGUAUAUAGAAAUCUUUCUGUAUUCACAUGGUGCCAAUUUAGAUUCCAGACUGAAUUUUAAUUCAAGUUCUUUCUCAAGUCUAUAAAUAUUAAAGUGAUUAUUUCAUUCUAAA